AUUGAUUACUUAUCACAAGCUUACCUCCUUUUCUAAUACUAUUAUUAUUACACAAAAUUACUAUUAUUAGUAAUUAACAAUUAACACACUAUUGAUGACCAAACAUACAGCAAACAUUAUGUUCCUACGUUCGAUGAAUAGAUGUUUGAGUUCAGAUUAAUCUUUAUGCUUUAAUGUUAUUCAUGUUAUUUAUUUUUAUGUGUACUGGUGUGUGGGUGUGUCUUCAAAGGAAAUGGAGAGGCGUCAAUCUUUGAAAGCGUGAGAAAGCAGAAGUUUAAAGUAGUUAAAGACCGUUAGUACUUAGAUUAGAUGAGCUGAGUAUUUCUGCACUUUGUAUUCUUUGAUUGACGUUUUCAAAAAGAUGAAAAUCUAUGCGUUCUUUUGCAUUCUUUCAGGUGAGUACUUUUGGGGAUUCCUCUGUAUUUGUAUCUCUUAAAUGCUGUAGUUUUAAAAAAAACUUUCUUUAUCUUGCUACAUCACCCAUUAAGUGAUUUAUUUAUAAAUGUCUCCUUUAUUUCCUCUUGUAGGUCUGAGUGUUGUGCAGAUGAAGUCUCUGUACAUAAAGGGUCGUGUUGGUGAAAGUGUGACAAUCAGCUGCUCAGACUGGAACGUUUGGCCUGAUGUAACAGAGAAUGUCAAGUACUUUUGUUUCAGUCCAUGCGAGGACCAACACAUCAUCAGCAAAGCAGAAUAUGAAAAAAUUCAUACUAAAAAUGGAAUAAAGUUACAUAACAACGGAAAAACCUUGUUGGUGACCUUCAAAAGUCUCCAAAAGUCAGACUCCAAAACAUACUACUGUGGAGUGGAGAGAACUGGCUUAUUUAAAGACGCAUAUAUAAGGGUGAUUCUUAAUGUCCUGGAUGCUCUGCCCUCCAGUCCCAGAAUGACUCCAAAAACUAUCACUGUUGUUCCCACCUCCUCAUUUGCAGUCACAACGAGCUCCACGAUGUCUUCUAACAGCUCAGAUGUUUUUACUGAGACGUCUACGUCACACACCACCCUCAAAACAACUACACCUGCUGCACCAGCACAAGGAUCUGAUAGCUCUGUUCUAUAUUUGGUUGUAGGUGUUACAGGUGUUCUUGUUGUAAUAACCAUACUGAUGGUCUCACUCAAGCUCAUGAACAUGAUGAUGAAACGGCGAUCGAAAGUUGUGUCAGGUGCUGAUACCGUGAACACAGAACCACAACAGGACGCUGCAUAUGAAGAAAUAAGACUUGAGGACCAGACCGACCCAGAUGCUCUCUAUUGUAAUCAUUCCGACCAUCAAGUCAAUGAUUUACUAGUUGAGAGGCCUAAAGAACAUUCAGACGUUCUUUAUUUAAAUCAAGCUGCCAGCUUCAUGGACAGUUCAAAGGGGGCGUUUAGAAAGAGCGAGCGCACAUUGCACUCUGUGUACUCUGUUGUUAAAAGUCCCAAAGAGCUAAUUGAUGCCUCUGUGCAAAGUGAAAGAAAAGAACCUGAGAUCAACGAAGAGGACUCUCUCUACUCCCUGGCUCAGUUACCACGGGCAACCUGAGGGAGGCUGCUGUGGUCCAAAUGGAUACAAAUUAGCUUUCUGGAUCAUUCUUUAAUGGGAAUGUAGUGUGUAUAUAAAGUUACAUUAUAAAAUAUCCAAAGACAACUUAAGAAGAGCAAAUGUAGUGUAGAGUCUACUUGCUGUGAGAUGUGUCACUCGUACACAUACACACACUCACACACACAUUAGAUACAUCCUGCAUAGCUGUAAAUAGCUGUGCUGCAUCAGCCUUUGCCACCAUGAUUCAAGUGUUAAAUUAAUGCUGCUUCUGCAUCUGAACAGUCUGAAGACUUACUUCGUCAAGCCCACCUCAUGAAGCCAAAGGCUGUUUGUAGUAUCACAACAGCACAUUUAAAUAUGUUUAUUUUAUUAUUUGUAUCAAGCACUCGCAGCGCUUUUGCUUUUUAAUACCAGAUCAUUUAAAUCUAUAGUAUCCACCUACAUAGUUUUAUUUCACAGAAGGAUGACUGGUGAUUUUCCAUGGUGUACAAGUUAUACAAAUCAUUUUAUAUAUUAAUGAAAACUUUAGUUUGAGUAUUUAUUGUCUUUUAAUAAACAUGGGAGUUGAUCUUAGUUUUAUACACUAUCAUGUUUUGGUGGUCCUUGUGGGUGGUCCGUGUACCUUUUGAAAAUCACACACACACACACCACGCACACACACACACAGCAGAAGUCACCUUGGCAGGGGGAAUGCCCUGCAGCAGCAGAUCUUGUUAUGGAGCAGCUUGAUGUUGAUGUUACUUGUGUUACAGCUGUUGUGCACCACCAGGGGAAGAGAGUGGCCUGAGGUUUCUACUCUCAUGUCAAUGACACUCUGCUGCUAAGUGAAAAGCAUUAUGCAGCUCUCUCUCUCAAUGUUUUCCAUUUUACACAUUUUUACAUGGUUAUGGAUGUGUACUAUGCAAUUUAUACCACAAUGAAUAGAAAUACACCACGUCGGACGGUAAUGAAGUCAGGAGUUAGUUUUUUUUUUUUAAACGACUGCAUGAUGUAUAAUGUUGAAAAUCCACUUAAUUUGACAAUUAGAGUAUCUUUGUGAAAUCUCAAUGCUUUUUUUGUAAAAUCAAUAAAAGGGA